AUGGCGAAGGAGAUCCGCGAUCUUCGCAAGUUCUUGUUGACCGCUCGCCGCCCCGAUGCGAAGCGCGUCACCAUUGUUAGACAGCACAAGAAAGCCAAUGCCAUCACGGGAGGCAGCGCGUCUACAGUAACCAAGUUCAAGAUCAGGUGCAGCCGAUACUUGUAUACCUUCGUUGUGGAGGAUCGGGAGAAGGCACAGAAGCUGGAGGGAUCCCUCCCCCCGAGCCUACAGAAGGUGUCCAUCCCGGGCAAAAAAUGA